AUGAUGCCCACGAGGCAAGGGAGGAAGAGAGGACCAAAUGAUAUGAAAGGCAGGAGGGGAGGGAGGAGGGGACUAGGAGCUAUUAGAAAUGAUAGAGGCCACGGUGGAAUCUUUGGGAAGACCAGAGGAGUAAACUGCUCUAGUACCAAUCAAGGAGAAAAGGACUCUAGAGGGUUGCCAGUUAUCCAAUCAGAGGAGGUUGAAGGAACCAUCCCCAAUGGAGGAGAGGAUGGCCGAGGUAGCAAGCGGCCGGACUUCAAGGAUUUUGCGCGGUACCCAGAAGGCAUCAGAAGAGGGAGAGGUUUAAUUUGUUUCCAGGUUCCAGUUCGGCAUUUAGUAUUUAUGGUUCAUGGUAUUGGGCAAAGGUUGGAGAAGGCUAAUUUGGUUGAUGAUGUUCGUGAUUUUCGUCAUAUCACGGCCACACUUGCUGAACGGCACUUAACCUCGUACCAACGUGAUACUCAAAGAGUUCUUUUUAUUCCUUGUCAGUGGAGAAGGGGAUUGAAGCUUAGUGGUGAAAGUGCAGUUGAAAAAAUUACAUUAGAUGGCGUACGAGGUUUGCGUACCAUGCUCGGUGCGACUGUUCAUGAUAUAUUAUAUUAUAUGAGCCCUAUCUACUGCCAGGAUAUAGUCAAUUCGGUGUCAAACCAGUUAAACUUGUUAUAUCUGAAAUUUAUCAAGAGGAAUCCAGGUUAUGAUGGGAAGGUUUCCUUAUAUGGUCAUUCGUUGGGAAGUGUUCUGUCAUAUGACAUUCUUUGCCAUCAAGAGAAUAUGUCUUCCCCUUUCCCGAUGGAUUUUAUGUUCAAUGAACAUGUUAUACCUGAAGAGUCUCCUUCAGAUGCAAUUAAUCAAUCUUCUAAGAGUGCGUCUUUUAUAAAUUUGAUGGAUAUGGACUCUACUAUGAAUGAUGAAUCUUUCAAGGGUUUGGUGGGCACCAUUAAGGAAGAAACAUUGAUUUCACAAUCGAAUGCCCUCGUCAACAAGGAGGAUGGUACUAGAGAUUCUUUGAUCACUGUUAAUAGUUCUCCUAUAUUAGAUAGUGAAGUUCUUUCACCAAGAACAUCCUUCAAUCAAUCUCAAUCGUUGUUAGAGAGAACAGACUCUAAGCAACAGAUGACAUCUUUGGAGGAAGAUGGCCAAGAACAUAGACAGAGUUCCAGUGACAUGCUUUUUGAAGAGGGGAAUUGCUCAGAUGCAACCACAAGCAGAAGUUGUUAUUUGGAAAAUGCCAAUGAGAUUGUAUUUGAAGAUAGUUGUGAUAAAGACAAAUCUGAAGAUAGUUGUGAUAAAGACAAACUAAUUGAAUUGCUCAGGAGAGAGGUGGAUUCACUGAAGGCCGGAACAGUGCAGCUAAAGUCACAGUGUAGCAAUAGUAAAAAGAGUGACUCUGGCAUAGAUUCAACUACCACAAGGCAACUUGUUUCUCGAAAGCAUCCUCCAGAACAAGCUGAUACACCUGAGAGUUACAAACCAUAUAUUAAGUACACAAAGCUAGAGUUUAAGGUGGACACAUUCUAUGCAGUUGGCUCACCUCUUGGUGUUUUUCUUGCAAUCCGCAAUAUUCGUAUUGGGAUUGGCAAAGGGAAAGAAUAUUGGCAAGAUGAAAGCAUAAGCGAAGAGAUCCCUGCUUGUAGACAGAUGAUCAAUAUUUUUCACCCCUUCGAUCCUGUGGCAUAUAGAGUAGAACCGCUUGUCUGUAAAGAAUACAUCACCAAACGCCCGGUCAUUAUUCCUUAUCACAAAGGUGGAAAGAGGUUACAUAUAGGAUUCCAGGAGUUCACUGAAGAUCUGGCUGCACGUUCUCAAGCAGUUGUGGAUCAGUUCAAUUCAAUGAGAGUUAAAGUGCUCACCGUUUGUCAGUCGAAAAACAAGGAUAACAUUGAAGAGGACACAGAAAAUGAUGAAGUGGUGGAAGAAAGGUCAUAUGGUUCAAUAAUGAUGGAGCAAUUGACAGGAAGUCAGGAUGGUCGAAUCGAUCACGUUCUUCAAGAUAAAACAUUUCAACAUCCAUACAUAUCAGCCAUCGGAGCACACACAAACUAUUGGAGGGACUAUGAUACUGCUCUUUUCAUACUUAAACACCUCUAUCGUGAUGUACCUGAAGAUCCUUGCUCACCUAAACAAUUCAGUGAAGGAAGCUCAAAAACUAAGGCGGCAGGUUCCCCAAAUAGGUUCUAUCAACGUGAAACCGUGGAUGAAGAUCUUCCUCUAACAUUCUCUGACAGGGUAUUAGUCAGGGAGUUUUCAAGGAAAGCAAAGGAGGUGAUGAAAAAAAAAUAAAGGAUUGCAGAAUUUUAAUUUCUCAUUGUGUGAUUAAUUCAACUCUGUUGUUGUAGUUUGGUAGACUGGAAUGUAAAUUAUGUAAAAAACUGUACAUUGCUAAUUUAUAGAGCUGAACUAUUCUUCUCUCA